UUCUCUACUACGACAUUAUGUUCUGUUUGGCAGUGGUGCUGGUGGCAACCGUGGCAGCCCUAGGGAGUGCCCAGCUGCCAGACCAGGCCUACCAAGACCCCUACUUUGGAGGCUACCCAGCAGUGUACGCCGGUUAUCCUUCAGGGCAGUAUCAAGAAGCAUACCAGGGCGUGCAGCAGCCUGUCUCACAGCCUCAGCAGUCAACCUUCCCUGGAGUCCAGCAGGGCAUCUACCACGAUCCUGCGACCAGCUUGGGGUUCCCCGCGGCCCUCUCCUUCCCCACCAUCGCUCCUGUCACAUGUGCCCAUCGAUUCCCAGUACCAGGCGCUGGAUGAGUACGGUCAGUACACCUUCGGGUUCACGGGAGGUGACAUAGGGCGUGCAGAGACCCGCGACGCCCAGGGCAACGUUCAAGGCUCAUACGAGUACAUCGACUCUGAUGGGAAUGUCCAGACACAGUAUUACGUCGCAGAUGAGUUUGGUUUCCGUGUCACCGGUAGUAAUCUCCCUCAGGCUGGGGCGCUAGGACACCCCGCAGCCCCAGCCGUCACUGCCUCACCUCCAAGCCUGUCCAGGACACUCCAGAGGUGGCGGCAGCCAAGGAGGCCUUCGUCAGGCCUAUAACGAGGCAGCCAUUGCCGCAGCACAAGCUCCUGAUACUCGCUAAGGGCGUUGUCUCGUGAGUCACUCAGCCUGUAGUAACGUCCCCGAAUCUCCAAGGAUCGUAGAUUAGCAUUUCCCUCCUGGUACAUACGAGACAAUGCAUCUAAAUAUUUAAUUAUAUUUUACAGUCCAGGACCCAGAUUCUGAAAGAUUCUUGCACCCCUUUUCCUAAUAACUCAGGAGAAAAGAGUGUCUCGAAUUACAGCAGAGUGCAAGUAUAGCUUUGAUGGUAUUUUGACUUUCAUCUUGUGUUUCAGCUGAAAUGAGUCAAGUAAAUGCCUUCCCACAUACCCAGAAGAAAAUGGUCGUAUGAACCUUUAAGAGGACGCCUACAAAACCCGGCUGAUGCGGUCUGGCGUCCUCUGUCAGGGAAAAUGUAACGUAGGAAGUUUUAGCCAAGAAGGUAAUUAGACAAGUCUUCUAUUACAACACCUCCAUCUACGACCACACCCUCAGUGACCCUCCCUGCCUCCUCCCCUUCCCGCACAUCCUUCUGCCUCCUCCUCAUCCUCUUCCAUUUAUACCCAUCUGACUCCCCCUACGUCAACUCUCCACCCCCAUUUCUCGCUGCCUAUUUUUUUUUCU